CUAACACUGCUGACGACGUGUCGCACAGGACAAAGUUGUGAGAUGACCUCCCCUGUGGCCCAACCCACGGUGUUUAAGAAACACGCCCCUGUCUUCAUCGCCGUCAUCAUCCUCUGCUCCGUGUGUCUGCUGCUCAUCGUCAUCGGGCUGGCGUGGGCCAGGUUCUGGAGGCGUGGCACCUACAAGGCCGGCGGCGAGAAUGUGGAACAGCGAGUGGUGGCCAACGACCGGCCCUACUACAACGCCACCCCCAGCCCGUUCACAGACGAGCAAAUCAUGAAGGACGAGGUGGCCGAGCCCAGCACGAAACAACCGGACACGCCCAUGCGAGACGACGAGAUGAACGGAAACGGCGACAGCACUUGGGUCAUCCCCCUUGACGACGCCCCGGUGACCUACAACAUGGAGGACACGAAGCUCUGACGCAUGCGUGAAGCGUCGUGUUAUUUUUAGUUCCAGUGUGAGACAAUCCUAGUACUGUUAAAGGGGAACUACUCUAAGUAAAAAUGCAGUAUCGGAAAUGUUUAAUUUCGUAUACAUUUUUAGACUUUUCAGUAUACACCGACACCAAAAGUCAUCUCACGUUAUAUUCUGAUCCAUUUAUGUAUGAAAAAAAUAAUUAGAGACUGCUGCCUUAUAAAAAAUUUCAGUUCAAUGCGACAAAACAAAAGAAAAUAGAUGUGUAUAAGAAAAUGAACAAUGCCCACGGCGUUCAGUUAAAACUGUACCGGGUAUUUAACGAAAGUAAAACAAGACAAAACUAAGGCUAAAUAAAGGGAAGUAAGCAAGUAACACUCAAGUGAAAAAAAAAAUACAUCGAAUAUACAUCGAAUACUUUUAUUUUAUGUAACGUUAACAUUAUAAUUUCAAUUAGUUAUUUUUUUUAAUUACAGUAUAAACAAAAUGAGACAUAAAAUAUGCAAUUUGCAAGAGGUGUAUGUAUGUAUGUGUGUGUAUAGCAUUCAAUUUUUAAACUACUUUUGAAUAUAUUGUGUGAGACUGGCGGAAUAUUUUGAGUUUACACAUCAGAAUUUUUUGUAUAAAUUGUGUCAGGUGGUUCCCGAUAUGUUCGUCACGAAGCAGCUACACAGCCAGUGGUUGAAGCUACACAGUGGUAGCUAGGUGUGGGAGUGGAAGAAUUGAUGCCUUCUCUGGAGAUCUUUUAAAAUAGUUUUUUUUUUAGCUGCUGGUACUUGUUACGGUAAAACUUUUAAAAUUACUGUAUUAAUUAAUUAAUUAUUGUAAUUUGUAAAGCUAUCACACACAUGUAUUUUUGUGUGAGUGUAAUUAAUAUAUUGAUUGUACUGAUUUAACUAAUGCUUUUUUUUUUGUUAAAAUAUUGUACUUUUCCUUAAACUAAGACUUGCGAAUUGCUGGAUAUUUUUGUUUAAUACUUAAUGCUUAAUGUUGUUGGUCAAAUAAGUCGUGCAUAAAUGAUAUAAAACUUUGAGUUUUGGUUGCCCUACCCGAAAAUACUUCACGCCUCAGCUCGACACGCCCCCCCCCCCCCCCACUCCACUUUUAUUAACUGCAAUGUAUUCCCAGUUAAUUCUUCUUAAAAUAUAAACAGAGCUGUACGAGGGUUAUGUACAUUGAUUAAGAAGUUGAGCUACAACUUACAAAAGAAAAAUCUAAAAUAACUUCUAAUAACAUUGUGACGUUAUAAUCUAUCUUUGACACCCCCCUUCUACACUAAUCUAGUUGCACGUCUGAUUCUCCUCAUGACUAUGACGUCAUUGUUGGGCGGUUCCACAAAAGUUUCCAACGGCCAUCCAACCAAAGAAUGAAACUCGUGUAAAUAUUAUUGUAUAUGUAAUCACCCACUCACCAGUUUUAAAUGUGUAUUCAUGUAAUGAAUUCGACACCACGUAAGAGUGUGUCAGUGUGUGUGUGUGUGUGUGUGUGUGUGCGUGUGACGUAUGACAUCCGGGGUCUGGAUCUGCAGACGCCUACGUCACUGGUCAAGUGAUGUUUUUUGUUUAUAUUUAUACACAAAAAGCCUUAAUUAAUAAGCUGAUAAAAAAGCCUUAAUUAAUAAUGACCUGCCUUUAUUAAGUUGAUUUACUUUAAUGAAUUUCUUCAGUAUUAAUGUAUUUAAUAGCCUUAAUUUUUUAUAAUAUUAUUAUAUUGAAAUAUGCGUGUGUGUGUGUAUGUUAGAUACGCUGUAAAAAAUGUGCGAACAUUAUCAUAACAUGAGUUAACAUUAUCAAAUUAAAUUGCAUUUAUUUUACAAAUUAAUUUAAACAUUACUUGCCACAUUAAUUAAUUGUUUAUGUACAACAUCUUCUUAAAAUAAGUCUAAAAACUAAAAACCUGUCGGUAUAAAUUUCUAUUUAAAAAAUGUCAACUGAAUCUUCUUUUGGUAAAAAAUUGAUUUCUUUAAAUUAAAAAAGAUCCAGAUGAUGUAUUAUUAUUUUUGUUUUCACAGUUAGCUUUACAAAGUAUGGAAGCCCAAAAUGGUCAAGUUAUUUAUUUUAUGAACGUGGUAUCGACUCGUUAUAUUCUAUUGCGUGAUGUUAAUAAUGAGUUUGUUAUUUAAAUGUGUUUACUACAUGAUACUUCCAUAUAUGACAGAAUAAAUGGGAGAGGAAGGAUCUGUAUUUAGACUGUUUGUUAUAUUGUAUGUAAAAAAAAGUAAAAUUAUGGAGUUUUAUGUAUGCGGUUUAUAUACGUAUAGUUUUAACAUAUUUUCUAUUCAUGCUUUGUGAAUAAAAGUUUUGAGAGUUUAAGAUCUUGUCAUGUUUUCAUCUGACAUAUUGUUCAUUCAAUCAGGUUUGUAAACUGUCGUGGUUCAUUGUUCAUUCAAUCAGGUUUGUGAACGGUCGUAUUUCUUUUGGUAGCUUGCAAGGUGACAAAGCACAAAGCCAGACAUGAGCAGGUGAGGUAGAGUUCGUGUGUAAGCAGUCUAUCACUAGCACAUACUACCCUAAAUAAGAAACGUAUGUGUUCUAUAAGCACACACAAUAUGCUACAUUGUAACCUUAAUAUAUGUGUGUUUGUAUAA